AUGAAACUUGUCGCGUUGUUGAAUGUCUUGUUGGUCGGUACUCUUGUGGUCCCUACGGUUAAAAGUGAUCACGUCAGAAUCACCACGGACAGUAGAUUAGUCUCGAGGAGAGAUUGUUCGACAUCGUCGUCGAGAAGUUGUAGCGGCUGGUGGAUUUUCAAAUCCUGUUCCACUUCUUAUUACCUUUCUUGCGUUGUGAACUAUUUCACGGAGAAUUAUGAAGUGCGAACGUGUGAGGAUGGAUGGACCGGCCUACCGAACUGUAACACACCGGUCUGCUUGAACUGCAAAGAAGGUCAGACUUGUAUCAACCCAGGUGUCUGCGACUGCCUCAAGACAGGAAGCACAUGCACGAAUGUUGCAUGUAGCGAGACGAUAUCAUGCUAUCCUGGCACCUGCAUCGAUUUAGUCUGCAAGUGUCCCACGCUUUUCUCUGGGUCCGACUGCCAGCAAUCUAGCGAAUCAGCGAUUGUGAAAAGUUGCGAAAUAACAUUCAAGUCAACUGAUAGAAUUAUUGGCAAAACUUAUUGUGCACCUUCCAACGUGCAGCCGGAGACUCUCUGGAUCAAUAGCGCUGGUUUGGAUUUUCUGCAGUUAAGUUCGGAAGUUGAGUUCAAAUCCAACUUUCCAUUUCCAAACGUUGCGUAUGUUCAGCAACCAAUUCAAUACGGAAUUGCUGAAGCUGGCUUUCAAAUAAAAGAAAAUUCCAUACUGCAAACUUGUCCCCUAUUUAAUAAUGAAAAUCCGCAAAAAUCUGGAUUGUGUUUAUUGGAUGUUAAAAUCAGCACCCUCGGUUUGUCAACGAGACACGGAAAUGGGUUCAACAUAACGUCAUACGCACGGGUUGGUGGAAACAAAAUCGGCAGCAAGGCAUCAAAUGCAUUUGGAAGCACUUUUUCGAAACAAUAUUUCACAGGAGGCCAAACUUCGAGGUCAUCUUCAGUGAAGUUCGACAACAACGCACCGACACACUGCCUCAACAAUGCCGCUGCUGACUGUCCGACGUUCCCCAUCUACUUGAAGGAAGAUAUUAUCUCGGAUCCAACGAUCCAGGCUGAGGUACAAAGAUGGGAGGAUGCGGACUCGGGCGUGUCGAGGUACCACAUCGAUGUCUACAAGUUGCAGCCCGGUGGGGCAUCGAACGAACUUGAAAAUGUUGUCUCGCCUGUUUGGUCCAACGAUCUGCAAGCUGGCAACAACGUUUUCAGUUUUAAUCUCAACAAUGCAGGUGUCUACUCCAUUGAGUUGACUGUCUUCGAUCAAGCUAAUAACUCCGCAAAAGCUAGAAAUAUCUUUAUAUUCACUAACAGUGGAAAUUUAAAAGUUGACGAAACCAAACCUAUAACAAUUGAAGAGAUCGUAAAUAAUGAUAAAAAUUCAAAGACAUGGUGGGUUACUAAUGCAAACGCUUUAAAACCAAAAUAUUUCACAUUAUUGUGGAAAGAUUAUUUCAUUAGCAACUCCAAAUUCAAUGAUGAGUGGAACUUACCGGUGAAACCUCUGAAGAGUGGGAUCGACGAUUUAGGUUCAUUCAAAAAAUGCUACGGACAGAGAAACAUCAGCCGAUUCAAUGGCUUACAAAACGGAAUCACAAAUUACGAGGUGGCAUACUACGUUGAUAAUUUUAACGCCGGUGCAGCUCUCAACUUCGCGGACAGUCGAAGUUACGACUCAACUGUCAAUCGCCUGAGACUCAAUUACACGGAAGACAUACGUGACGGGGGCACUCUCGCCAUUCAGCUGUCGUGCAUGGAUGUUGUUGGUGCCAAAGUAACUGAACAUUUGUUCGUUCGAGUCGAUACGAGCCCACCGGAAGUUUACAACUACACCUUCCUCGUGAACUAUCCCAACAUCUACACAUCCAGCGUUUCCUUUCUAAUAAAAGAGCAGGACAGUGGAUUGAAACUAAUCAACUUCAGUUUGUACGAUGGCAUUAAUCAGAAUCCAUUCAAGUCUGGCUCAGUAGAGCCGAAAUUGAGAGAUCCCCCCAACAAAAAUAAAAAAAUUAAGCGAGAGGUGUUAGAAGGCGAAUGUACGGAGAGUGAUUCGACUUGUUACUGCUCAACACUUGGCAAGUGCUACAAUUAUUUUCAAACAGUGGAGAUUGAUCACUGCUGGCUGGACCGAAUAAAAAUCGAGCAACUUGAAAUGAGGAUCAGUGCCAUAAACAACGCCGGCGUUUCAUCUUCCGAAAAAAUUGCUAAACUAAAUGGUGUUACUGAACUCUCUUGCAGACCAGGUGUGCUAAUUCUGUUUGCUAUUCUUGUCGUAAUCAUCAUAUUUCUUGUAAGAAUAUACAUGCUUAAAAAACCAAUGCCCAAAAUAAUGAACCAAGCUGUCGCUAGCAUGAGAAUUAUGGCCAACAAGUCAAGAACAGCUGAUCCAGUCUCUACUCAAAACGAACUCUACUCUACUAGCCUUGAGGUAACUCCUCCGAGCUACGAGCAACCAGACCAAUACUUCGAUGCCAAAGACGGCUACAUAUACACUGACCGUGGCAUGAACAACGCAUUAAUUAACCUUUCAAAGGAAAGUUUGAAUAUGAAAGAAGUUAUAAGUCGUGGAAAGUUGAUGGUCAUAAACAGGGCUUCUAUCAACGAUGACCGGCUGAAGAUCGGAUCCGUUGCUGUCAAGUCCUUGAAGAACGGGGCAAACUCGAAGGAGAAAGAUUUCAUGAAUACAAAGGUGAAAUUUUUCAGUAAUUUGAAAACUCACGAAAAUAUUGUGAAAUUUAUCGCCACCGUUCAAGGACCUUACGGAGCAAUGAUCGUAAUGGAGUAUUGUGAAAUGCCGCUGACCAAAUGGCUGGAACACCUGGAACACGUGACCCCAGAAGUUUCAGACGAAAUAAUAACUUUUGCCUUAAACAUUUCCAAAGGGGUGGAACAUCUCCACAAAUGCAAGAUUGUGCACAAAAGAUUGUCUGUCAAAAAUGUUUUGUUGACGAAAGAAUUCAACCAAUAUGUGGCCAAACUUAUUGGAUUUGGACCUGUUUUUGAUGAGAAGGCUUCAGUUCCUGUGAAGUGGCUGGCUCCUGAAACACUGCAGACUAUCAACUGCUCCUCACCAACCUACAGUAACAAGUCAGACGCCUGGUCGUACGCUAUCACGCUCUGGGAAAUUUAUACUAGAGGAAGCAGUCCCUAUCCAAACACUUCAAGCCAUGAUGCCAUGGACGCCAUCAUCGCGGGCCUCAAAAUGGACAAACCCGACGACUGCCCACUCAUCAUAUAUGAAGACGUCAUGAAAAAAUGCUGGAGUACGAAUCCCACGGACAGACCUGCCUUCUCCGAGAUUGUCAGCAAGGUCACUGACUACCGGCAAGGAGGGAGUUUGAGUCCUCCUGGGUAUUAUGACACUGGCGAGAUGAAGCAGGGCUGUGGUAGUGGCAAUAGUGGUAGGUCUAGUGUCAAAGUUUUAUUAGAUUGA